AAUGCAUGGUCUAAGGCUUGAUCACCCUCUGAAGGUACCUCUUCAACCUCUCAAAGGAGAGCAUAUUGUAGAGCAGUUGUUGCAUACAACUAACAAGGGCCACCAAGAGACCAGAUUUCUGCAUUGCAGUUUGAGAUAUGAAGAACCAAUUUGCAGAACAUGUCACAGGAAUCCCAAUUGGCUGCCAAAAUGAGAAUCCCCUUUCUUCAACUCCAUCUCUAGAAUCAACUCAUACUAAGACUCCCUCUCUUUCAACCACAUGCAACCAUUUUUUUUUUCUUCCCACUUUGCCUAUCAAUUAUAGAAAACUUUUCAGAAAAAAAGUCCUUUCACUAAUGGGGUUGUCUCUAAAAUUGCAGAUAAAGUGGAUACAAUGAAGAAUAUGAUGACCCAACAUUGGCAAAAGGCUCCUAAUUUUGUGCAUGGAAUCAGAGUGCUCGUGACAAUAGGUUGUAAGAUCUCUGAAACUAUGAAGGGGAAGUUGAGCUGGGGGGCAAGAAUUCUUCAACUAGGAGGGGUGAAGAGAGUUUUCAAGCAAACUUCAGCAAGGAGAGAAGCUGUUGAAGACUUCCCAAUGCUAUUUAUCGACAGCUGGCCCUAUAGAUGGCCUCCCCUUCAAGGGUUGCAUUUUCCAGUGAGAACUCAGUCAAAUUCAAUUCUCCAAAUAGUGAAUUGGUUAAAUUCCAUUACAAGACCUCAAUCCCACUAAGAAAGAUAAAGAGAGCCGACAGAAGUAAGAAUAUGACAAAGCCAUCUCAGAAGUACAUGGAAAUAG